AUGUCGUGCAACAUUCGACACUGACGGAUCAAAUUUUGGGUUUUAGCUCGGCAGUUGCGUUCUCUUAUUUUAAAUGCCGGGUGACGUUAUACACCUAAACGUAGGUGGAACUAGGUAUUCAACAUCAAGACAAACACUAACAUGGAUUCCAGAUUCUUUCUUCACAAGCAUGCUAAGUGGAAGAAUUUCUUCCCUGAAAGAUGAAACUGGAGCUAUAUUUAUAGACAGAGAUCCAAAACUGUUUUCUGUGAUAUUGAAUUUCAUGAGAACCAAAGAAGUUGAUUUAAGGGAUAUGGACCUGUCAACGUUACGCCAUGAGGCAGAGUUCUACGGAAUUACCCCGCUGGUACGCCGACUUGGUCUGUGUGAAGACUUGGACCAGGCAUCGUGUGGGGACGUCCUGUUCCAUGGAUAUCUCAGACCUCCAAAUCCUCCUGUCCCAGAAAAGCUUGACCGCACACAUUCCCAGUCUGUUGCCAGUAUGGAUAGUGUGGGAAGUGUCGGGCAGAGAAUGUCUGACCCAACAGGGUCCAACAGCACACAUUCCAGGUCCUCCUCAGCAGACAGUCCACAUCAGUCAGCUGACCAGUCUACAGAGGCAGUCCCAGCCAGACAUUCCGUGUGUGACUUUCGUACCAUUAGGUGGGACACAGCCAUGCUCCCUACAGUCCGAACUGUCCGAGAUCCUCUACGUAUCAGUAUGGUGAAGGGCCACCACAACUGGAUCUGUAUAUCGUACCCACACUUUGUCUCCUGCUUCAGGAUGAAGGACUCGACCGGCUGGCACUUGAUAUGGACAAGUCCCUACAUGAUGUGCCCCGUGGAGAGAAUUGCCAUCAAUGCUAAAGUCCUCAAUCCUAACCAAGACAAUACCAACAAAAUGGUCGCUGCCUCCUACGGCACGGACAUCCAGCUGUGGUCUGUGUCUGACGACGGGUCGAGUCGUGAAAUAGGUGUGUUUACUCUGAAUGUUUCUGUGGAUUCCCUCUUCUUCAUUGGAAGUCAACUUGUAGCUCUCAGUCAGACAGGAAAAGUGGGAGUUUGGCACGCCAUGACCCAUAACUGGCAGAUCCAGGAUGUGGUCCCAAUCUCAAGUUACGAUACAGCUGGCUCCUUCCUCCUCCUCGGUUGUGAAAAUGGUUCCAUAUACUACAUAGAUAUGCAGAAGUUCCCGCUACGUAUGAAAGACAACGACCUGUUGGUGACGGAGCUGUACCGUGACCCCGCCAAUGAUAUGGUGACCGCACUAAGUGUCUACCUCACCCCUAAGACAAGUUUGAGUGGAAACUGGAUAGAGAUCGCCUACGGCACAAGUUCAGGGACAGUGCGUGUGAUUGUACAACACCCUGAGACUGUCGGCCAUGGGCCACAACUCUUUCAGACCUUCACAGUACAUCGCAGUCGGGUCACCAAGGUCAUGUUGUCCGAGAAGAACCUAGUGUCUGUUUGUUCCGAGUAUAACCAUGUCAGGACCUGGAGCGUAACAAGGUUUCGUGGAAUGAUCUCUACACAACCUGGUUCCACGCCACUGGCUUCCUUCAAAAUUAUCUCCCUUGAAGAUAUGGAUUCUCAGAUCAGUACACAUGCAGGCACUGACUUUGGACCGUUCGGUGAACAGGAUGACCAGCAGGUAUUUAUCCAGAAGGUUGUCCCAGACACUGACCUGCUGUUUGUACGGUUAUCAUCGUGUGGAAAAAGAGUCUGUGUGAUUAAGUCAGUAGAUGGCAGCACUAUCAGUGCUUUCUGUGUACAUGAGUGUGAGGGAUCCAACAGAAUGGGGUCACGACCUCGCCGUUACCUGUUCACGGGACACUCCAACGGCAGUAUACAGAUGUGGGAUCUAACAACAGCUAUGGACAUGCUGAACAAAGCAGAACAAAAACAAGAAGUGACCCUGGGCGGCCCUACCCCUGGUGAAUUGAUACGUCUACUUGACCAGUGUGACUUGUCAUCACGAGCCUCAACCCCUUGUGUGAGUCCCUGUCCUUCUGUCCUUCUGGUGCCUCCCUGUAGUCAGGGGUACCGCGGGGCCCACCACACCGUGACAACAGUGAGCAUGCCGAGGGACAUGUCGCACAAUGACGCUGAGCUGGGGGCAGUAGGAGGUGUGGAGGAGGGGACUAGAGCUUCACAAAUGGACACUCAGGUCACACGUAUUUGACAGAUUUUGUUGUAUAUGCCCUAUUGCCGACGGUGCAGAUAUUGCUGACACAGACUGUCGCUUCUGACUGACUUAAAUUUGGGUUGUAUUCAUUCCCCAAUUAUGUUUUCUUUUUAUAAAAGUAUAGUUAUUGAGGCAUUAUAAUAUAAUGUCUGGUUGUUGUACAGAGUAGGCUUGCUGGCCAACAGGGUUAGGGGUUUAUGUUGUAUGAGAUAGUGGGAUGUAUUGUACUGUUGUAUGUGGAACCUUGAGGUUGUACAUGAGGUAGUAGUUGUAAGCUAUGAGACAUACAGAUUGAUGCUGUGUAAUCUUAGUUUAUGACACAUACAGUAAAACUUAUCCUGUAACAAAUUCUAUAGGACCAGAGGAAAGUGUUUUAUCUGAAAAUUGUUAUAGGUGUUUAGAUUUAAUAAAUUUGAGCCUAAUUUCAAGAUUUAGAUUUAUUUCUUUAUAACAAGAAUUCCAUAUCAAGUCUGUUUGUCUUUAUAGGAAAGUUUUACUGUACCAAUUUAUAUAUCAUAAUGUUAGUAAAACAUCUACCCCACCCCAGGACUCCAUGUUUGGUUAAGGGGUACCACCCAUAGAAUUUAUUUAAUAAAUUACACAGAAGUAAUAGGAAGGCAAUCCAACCAUGGUUAGAAGUGAUUUAUUGUGGAGUCCUGGGGUCAGGUAGAUAUUCUAAUGGAAUAGCCCUCAUCCUGUUAGUAAUACCAAGGUAAUAUACACUGACAGCAGUGAUGCGUCUCUCACAGUAUCGGGGCCCCUCUGUUACUCGCUGUGAACCACUCAUUAGUUUAGGAGGAAGGUAAAACCAUAUUAUUUUGAUGAGAUGAUAAGUAUUUUCUUAUCCUAUACAUUGAAUGCAAGCUUACAUUGUUGAUUUCUAAUAGUUUAACCUAUGAUUAUUGUAAAAAAAAGUUGUUAGACCCAAGAUUGUAUUAUUUUUGUUGGAAUAUUGUAUUAUUUUUGUGGGAAUAUUUCCAAGCCAACAGUGACAUUCACAACUUUGUAGUUUUCCUCAUGUUUAUAAAGUUACAACCAUAGAUAAAAAAAGGCUAACAACAAACCAUACAGAAAUACCAAUCAAAUCUUAACUCUUUAUCAAAUUUAACACAUUAGCAAUAUCUUUUAAACGUUAACAAAAAACAUCCCUUUUUCAUAAACUCUUUUUCAAAUUGAGAGUUGAUUUCAAGGCUAGUUUGUAUUUGAUCUUUUUAGGAAUUUUCAAUACUUUAAAGGUCUGCAUAAUAAAAUCAAUGUUUGUUUAACUUCACAAAUUCAGUCCUUCCCCUUUUUCGUUUUUUUUUUUUUUUCUCUCUCUCUCUCUAGAUCUGACAAUAUAUUAUACUUUGAUUUCAUUGUGCCAUGAGCCUUCAGUGAAUAUGUGAUAUACGAAACAUUUACUGUCUAUAACUUGUUUUUUAGUGAUCUAUUUUAUAGAAACUGAGUACAUGUAUUCAAUUUCUCAGUGAGGUAAAGCUUAAGUUAAAUUUUGACAACCCGGUGAAGCAAGGUUUCUAUUGAAUAUUCAAUGAGUUUUCACCAAGUAUUAAAGAAAUACACUGGUUACAGAUCUGGUAUAGUUAUGAGAGAAUCAUAAGGCGAAGCUACAUAUUGUGUUUUGGUGUGGCUAUAAGAGAUUUGGUUCUGGUGUGGUUAUAAAAGAGUUAGGUCUGGUGUAGCUAUAAGAGACCAAGUCUGGUGUAGUUAUAAGAGAUUUGGUUCUGGUGUGGUUAUAAGAGAUUUGGUUCUGGUGUA